CUGCGGUCAAACCCAACGCGGGGAGCUCGCUGAACGGGGGACGCUGUCCGACGGGAGAUCGUCCGGUCGAGAACGGGUGCGCGUGCUGGCACGGGGGGAGGGGGGGUGGGUGGCAGCGGCGGCUCCCCCUCCUGAGCAGGUAGGAGCCGAUGGGCCCAUUGUGGUAACGUAGCCACGUGAAGGCAACACCGCAGCAGCAGCAGCAGCGGCAGCGGCGGUGUGUCUCGAAGUCUUCGCGAAACAAAAACGGUGGUACUGCCCGUGCUCGUGUCCAUAAAACAGCCAAUGUCCUGACAUCGCCCAGGCACAAUGAAUAGUUCUAACAUCUCCAACAACUCCGUAUGCAAGUUGAACGAGUCGUACAAAUUCAUCUACCUGCCGAUCGCCUACUCCAUCUGCGCCUUCUUUGGGCUCACGCUCAACGGGUUCGUCUUCUGGCGCCUCGCUUUCAAGACGAAGACAUUGAGCUGCAACUCCAUCUACAUCCUCAACCUGGCUGUGACAGACUUCUUCUACGCCAUCUCGCUCAUCUUCCUGAUCCACAGCUACAUCAUCCAAGACGUCUGGGUUUUCGGCGACGUCAUGUGCCGCCUCAUCCGGUUCCUGUUCUACUUCAACCUCUACAGCAGCAUCCUGUUCCUCACGGCCAUAAGCAUGUACCGAUACCUGGGCAUCUGCCACCCCAUCUCGACCCGUGGCUGGCAGCGGCAGAGAUUCGCCGUUGCCAUCUGCACUGGCAUCUGGGUGGUCACGUUGCUUGAGACGGUGCCGUACCUCUACUUUGGCGGCGUCACCAAGUUGAACCCGAACGACGACGAAUGCUGGGACUUCGUGCCCGACAAGGCGGCACAGCAUCUGCCCUACGGCAUCGUUCUCACCGUGCUGGGCUUCAUCAUCCCCUUCUUCGUCGUCCUCGUCUUCUACUCCUGCAUCAUCCACACGCUGAAGAAGUCCUUGAACGAGGCCAUCAUCCCGCAAACGCAUAUGAGGACCAAGCGGAGGAAGUCGAUCUACACCAUCGCGGUGGUGUUCACCAUCUUCGUCGUCUGCCACCUGCCCUACAACAUCAACAAGCUGAUCUUCUUCCUGUACCAGGGCAGCGUGGUGGAAUGCGGGGCCGAAGUGGUGUCCAAGGCCUACAAGGCGGUGCGUCCUCUGGCCAGCCUCAACUGCGCCCUCAACCCGACUCUGUACUUUGUGAGCUACUUCAGAUCGCAUCGGAACAGACGCACACGGUGUUUGGCCACUGUCAGGGCCAACUAUGGUUCGAACACUCCGUCGAUCCCAAAUAACACCCAGACAUCUUCCUCUCCAAUCGGCGACAGGUGAAAGAGGCAGGCGGCGGGUUAAGCUCGCCCAGGUCACCUCACGUGGGUCUGCCACUUGAAUUGUGAGCCGCGUUGCGUGGGCCACCUACGUCACGGAGGGGUGGCCAACCUGCGUCUCCGGAGCAGCCGACAUUCUGGCUCGUUGGCUUCCCGCUUGUGUCCGUCGCCUGCUGCGUGUGUGUACAAGCAGCUCUGCUUGUGAUGUGACUCUCGGACUAUUUGGGUCAAAGACUGAAAAAAAAAACUAAAUGGCUCUUCUUUGAAAGCCUGCUGACCCCUGACCUAUGGCAAUGUUGCAUCUGCCGCAUAUCUUGCUGGCUCAGGUAUUGUCCGCAAGCACCGGGAACCGACGAUUAAGGACUGCCCCGCAGUGCCCCUUAACCGCCAAACGAUGCGGCGCUGAUGCAGUGGAGGGAUCCGAAAUGCAUUCCUGCCAUUCGAGGCCUCAUAGAAUGAGAACGCGCGCGUAGUAUGUGCAAUCUGACCUGGAUUAUCGAUUGCUGCACUCAUCUUUGUUAUUGGUGUGGUCUCAUGGUUAGCGCACUGACCACCAAUAAAGAAAGCAUUGCGCUCCGCAGACAGGGUUGCAUUUAAUUUUACGUAAUGUGUUCAUGUCCACUGGCUCUUGUUGUUACUGGUCCCUGCUGCGGUGCAGUGGUCAGCACACUGCGACUUGCAAUGCAGAGGUGGCCGGCUCGAUUUGAAUCAAUCUGAAACAACGGUGCAAGAUUGUUAAAUCCCCCCCCCCCCCCAACAACCCCGCCCCCACACGUCUGUCCACCCAGUGGUAUAAAUGAUAAACCACAGUUGAUUGGCAGGUCGCAUGCAUGCAUGUAUGUUGAACUUCUUUCACACCGUACGUAGUCAACUACGCUAAUCGGAGGUGCGGGGUAAGGACAACAAAUUAACACAAAAAGCACUGAUCAAGAAAGUAAUUUGUCAAUCUAGAUGAUGAUGUAAAAGUGCAUGUCUACGGUGGCUUCCUAAUAUCGGAAGGAAGAGCGUUCCAGACGGCCGCAGAAGCACAUCUGAAAGCAUGCGAUACGGUGCCCGCCUUUGUUCGAUGGUUAGCCAAACGCCACUGCUGCGUGGAUGAGCGGAGUUCGCGUGAUGGUGUUAUGCUCCUUAACAAGAUCAUCAAGGUAUCGUGGUUCAUUUGUGGAAAGCACUUUGCGUGUAAUGAGUGCGGGUACUCCCACCUGUUACAAGGUGUCUGGUCAUAAAAUCAAGGGCUCUGCAGAGCUCCCUGUAGAGAGGGGUACAUUCAGUGCCCGAUUAUCUUAGUAGCAAAAGUAGCUACAUAUGUGACGGGCCCUGCACUUUCAAGGGCCCCGCGACAAAUGCGUUCAAGCUAUUCAUUCCGGUUCAGUGAUUCUGCACUUGCUCUAUUACUAUAGUACUAUACUGCGUUCAACUUUUAUGAACGACUGGGUGUUUUAAGGUUAGCGAUUUUUCGUAUUAUCUGGCUGUAUAGCAAAUAAAAGUAUACACUUACUUUACUAUGCAAGUUAAAAAUGGGUGUUUUAAUAUUAUGUUUUUUUUUUAUUUAGGGCUCCUUUAUAACAUAUGCUACAUGCCCCGUACUGGCUUAAUCCGGCACUGGGCACGUUCAUGCGUACUUGGCCGGCCUAAUUUCCAAACCGCUGUGUAAAUAUAUAUUUAUUAUUUCAAGAGUGUAAAGCUUGAGUGUCAGCCUUAACUGGUUUCUUUAUCUGGCUUUGUGCCACGGCAAGGAAGCGUGUUGUCACCGCGAUGCAUCCCUGGCACACGGCGUCGGGACCAUAGUCGUCACAUGAAAUGCUCUCCCAACUUUGUUUGUAAAUUUUAGCAAUAGCAAUUACGUGUGGUUUUAAUAAGCUGCUUUCCAAGACCGAUUAGUGUCGUUUUAUGAGUGUGGCCAACGAAGUGCAAUUAUGUUUAUGUAUAUACAAAAGCCGUACGAAUAUUUGUUUGGGUCGUGUUGUGAAUUCAACCGGAGUAUGUACUUUAUCCGUAGCCAUGCCUGUAAUUUAUCGUUGGCCGUGUUUCUGGAAUCUAAAUUUUGAUUUAAAAAAUCAUUGGCAUACAAAAAGAAUGUCAACAAUGACUCGAAUUAAAGCAUUUGUGACUGCAGGAAUUCAUAUUCUUUGGGUCUUUCGGUAAAGUCACGUAGAUAGGUGAAAUUUUAAAAUAAAAAAAUUAAUAAAAGUAAAAUAAAAAAUAAAAUAAAAAUCACGACGUUUCGGAGGCAACACAAGCUUCCGUCUUCAACGAAAAACUGGUCAUAAAGGUUUAAAAUGGGCAUAGCGUAGCCCAUUUUAAACCUUUAUAAACAGUUUGCUUUGAGAAGCUAACCCCCUUUUCCUGUUGAUAACCGCUUGUGUUUCGAUCGAAACGUCGUCGUUUUUUGUUGUUUUCUUUGAACCUAUCUACGUGACUUUACCGAAAUACCCAAAGAAUACCAACAAUGACGUUUAUAUGUGGAGUCUUAAAAAAAGUACGUAAAAAAAUACUGGGAUUAAAUAUACGUUGCGUGAUUAUAGCUCCGCAUUAGUUAGUUAAUCUUAUUCAUCCCACCAUGGGACAUGAAGCCGCAAUCAGUUCCCUCCACUUCUUCACGUCCUUAGCAACAUGUUGAGCCUCGCCCCAAGAAAGGUUGACUGCUGGUAGCAGCUCAUCCUUCGCGGUCUUGCGCCACGUGGCCUUGGGCAAGGCCUAGUAUCUAAUAAGCCACUGUAGGCAAUCUGCCUUGGGCCUACUCACUCACCCACUCACCCAGCCACCCUCUGACCCAGCCACCCACUGACCCAGCCACCCACUCACCCAGCCACCCACUCACCCAGCCACCCACUCACCCAGCCACCCACUCACCAACUCACACACUCACCCAGCCACCAACUCACUCAUUCACCCAGCCACCCACUCACCCAGCCACACACUCACCCAGCCACCCAAUGACCCAGCCACCCACUCACCAAGCCACACACUCACCCAGCCACCAACUCACUCAUUCACCCAGCCACCAACUCACUCAUUCACCCAGCCACCCACUCACCCAGCCACACACUCACCCAGCCACCCAAUGACCCAGCCACCCACUCACCAAGCCACACACUCACCCAGCCACCAACUCACUCAUUCACCCAGCCACCAACUCACUCAUUCACCCAGCCACCCACUCACCAAGCCACACACUCACCCAGCCACCCAAUGACCCAGCCACCCACUCACCCAGCCACCCACUCACCCAGCCACCCACUCACCCACCCACACACUCACCCAGCCACCAACUCACUCAUUCACCCAGCCACCCACUCACCCAGCCACACACUCACCCAGCCACCCAAUGACCCAGCCACCCACUCACCAAGCCACACACUCACCCAGCCACCAACUCACUCAUUCACCCAGCCACCAACUCACUCAUUCACCCAGCCACCUAGACCAUAUUAUCCAAUAAUCCACAGUAGGCACUGUGCCGAGGGACUACAAAAACCUUAAUUUGGCCCUGGUCUUGGUCUCCCAGGUUUCCUUUUGCCCGCUGGUGUCGAUCUCAGGGCAUUUUUUGGUAUAGGGCCAGGACCACUGAGCUACAUUUUUCUGAGAGUUAUUCUUGUAGCCAAUUAGCUGUGCCCAUGCUCGCAUUUAAACGCGCUCGCCGGUAUAAUUGUUAUUGCGCUCCUCAAUCAUCGAGGGUCUGCGACGUGGUGUCAA